GACUACUCUGCAAAUUCUCCGACAACCAAUAAUUCUUGUUCCCGCGCAAAACAAACUUGUAAAGGUGGAAAUAGAAAAGGAAUAAAUGGGAGAAGGAAAAGGCAGCUGGGCUAGUUGGAAAUAUACCCGUUCUCUAAACAGGACUACAUGUCUUUACCUAACAAGCGAGAGAAACGGAUUGUAAAAGGAAGACAGAGAGAGUGAUGGGAAUCUCCCUGAAAAUGCUUGCACUUUGGGUGUCAGUGUGUGUGUAAAUGGAUUCCAGGUAGCAAUUGUAUUGGAUUCCAUUGUUUCUUUUGGAGAAGCCGCAGGAGCCGAAGGACUGGCAGGACCUAAAGAAAAACCACCCCUACUGCAGGCCGCUUUUCGCAUUCUGCCGCCAAAUUUCAUGCACAGUUGUCGCUGAUCCUCGAAGGAUUCAACAUGGAUAAUAAAUUUGAACGUAUUGUGAGCGCCACAGAACACGGGGAUCUGAAGUGGAGCAGACCGUUGUAUUUGAAUGCAUGGUCACAAACCAGCAGCGAGGAUUUUGCCUUGCUCAGGACCAUUUCUGCGGUGGAUUCAAAUAUGGAAGCGGAAAACCGAACACUUCGUGAAAAAGUACGCUACUUGGAGGCUAAACUGCAACAGCACACAGACCUAUUGUCGCAGAUUCAUGCAACAUCCGCCAGGAUGCAGCAGGGAUCCUCCUUGUCAUCGGACACGUCGCCUCCCACACCACCCGCGGUUUCCAAUCCCCAGAUCCUGACUCCGCCCAGCUCUGUCAUAUGUGCACCCAUGCUCCCCAAUUCCACUACGGUUGACUACAAGAUUAUAUCAUCCAGUAAUGACGCGGACGCCAUAGAGAUUCGUUUGGCGGCGGAAAGUUUGAACAGCCUAAGCACCUCGGCAGACUCCGAUCGUUUGGAGAUAUGCCUGGAGGAAAAUCAACAGCAACCUAAUCAGAGUGGUUCCGUCAAAAGAGAGCAUAACUCCACGCCGCUGCAGUUUAUUAAGCGCCGAAAGCUACAGGAAAUUCAGGUGUCGGAGACCAAUGAAGAAAACCCUCGACAAAACAUUAAAUUGCCAGCGAAACCCCUAGCUAACAGAAAAGUCCAUAACGGCAGCCUUACAGAUCUCAACAACCCCAUGGAAAAUGUAAUGGUUUCCAUAGGCCCGAAUAACACUUGUGUGCCCGCUAUUGUAUUCGAGAACAUUAAUUGGUCAGUAUCCUCACUUGCCACUCGAAAACUCUUGGUAUCAAUAUUCGACCGGGAAACCUUGGCCACUCACUCAAUGACCGGGAAACCGUCGCCGGCAUUCAAGGAUCAGCAUAAGCCGCUCAAACAGAUGCUGGAUCCUCUUAAAAUACAGGACAUAAUCUUUGCAGUGACUCACAAGUGCAAUGCCACCGAGAAGGAGGUGAGGAAUGCCAUCACUACAAAAUGUGCCGAUGAGAACAAGAUGAUGAAGAUCCAGAACGGGAAGCGACGGAGCAGUGGGGUCAAACAAGACAAAGAGAACAUGAUCUAGAAUGUAGAACUAUUAUUUAUAUUAAUUGUAUUUUUAUUAAAUUAAACAUAAUUUUAGCCUAGAAGCUUUUAACCGUGAACCAAAAAAUCAGAAAAUCCAUAAAAAAAUUUAUCCUAGUACUGAAAACAUUAUAAUAGAAUUAUGAACAACAUCAAUCUAAUAUGAAGGAUAUUUAGAAGAUCU